ACGCUUGAUUGAAAAUUAGUGGGCGUGACGUCCCAUCCCACAAGCUAAGGAAGGAGCUCUCUGAGUCUCUGUCCAAGCAGCCAGUCAAAGAAUGGGGCGAACCAGAAGAACCAAGAAGCGGAGUCACGUGGUCCAGGAGGGGCAAGAGGAGAAGCCUACUCCCAACACCUUUGUUAUGGAGAGAGGAAGAGUAGGGCGAACCCUGGGCCAAUUGGUUCGUGAUCUGAGGAGGGUCAUGGAGCCACACACCGCCUCCAAACUAAAGGUGAGACAGAGGAAUGUGCUGAUGGAUUUCGUGAAUGUGGCCGGCCCUCUCGGAGUGUCCCAUUUCCUCAUUCUGUCUCGGUCCCAGACCCACGUCAAUCUCAGAAUCUGCCGGCUGCCCCGCGGGCCCACCGUCACCUUUCACAUCACUGGGUUCAGUUUGACUCGAGACGUCAUCUCUAGCGUCAGAAAGACAGCGACUUCUCUCACUCAGUAUAUGACUGCCCCUCUCCUAAUUCUCAACAAUUUCUCGUCAGAGGACAAGUCGUCAAAACUGAUGGCCGCCAUGCUACAGAGCAUGCUCCCUUCCCUCAAUGUUCAAACUGUGAAGUUGGCAAACAUAAAUCGCUGUGUUCUCUUCAACUACAACACCGACGACAAGAUGAUUGAGUUACGGCACUACAGUAUCCGGGCGGUGGCGCGAGGGAUCAGUCGCGCUGUAAAGAGACUCGGAAAAGCUUCCGUCCCAAACCUCAGUCGAUACCAGGACAUCAGCGAGUACAUGUUGGGGGGUAACGUGUCGGAGAGCGAGGGGGAGGAGGUGGCGGGACAGGAAGUGACCCUGCCUCAGAAUCUCCGCGGGAGAGGGAAUCUCAAAUCCACUCAGAGCUCGGUGCGACUGAUUGAGCUGGGGCCGAGGCUAACACUACAACUGGUGAAAGUUGAAGCUGGUAUGUGCAAAGGAGAGGUGCUACACCAUGAGUUUAUUCAGAAGACGAAACGAGAGGCUCGUGACGUGAGAAGAAGAGUCGAGGACAGGGAGAAGCUGAGGUCACAGCGCAGGAGACAGCAGGAGGAGAACGUGACCAGAAAGAAGAGAGAGACGGAACUCCAUAAGUUAGACCACCACGCCUGGCUAUAACCUACGUCUUACUGUUACUCUAACUGCCAUUUACACUACAUUUUCUAGCUAUAGUCGAGGUAUUCCGGAUGGUUUGUUGGUCUGACAUUUUCACAAAAGUACGAAAGCCUUUAGUCACUUACACAAUUGGGUUAAAAUGUGACCAUAAACUAUAGACAUUCAAGUUACAUUAUUACCACACAUGGCAAUGCGUGGACAUUAUUAUACAGCCUGAGAUCCUCAUUUCCUGCAGGCAACGGUGUUUGGAAGGCCUGAAGGGCAAGAAACAGGAAGAUGAAAGUCAGUAUAACAUACUUGGAAUGCCAACAUUAUAUUUGUGGUUUAUGAUUAUGAAGGUGGUAGUGAGGAAGAGGACGAUAGGGAGUGGUUCAGACAAGAGGUGGGGGAGGAGCCAGACCCAGACAUGCUGGUUCCAGCUGGGGGUGGGACUCGCAAGAGGAGGGGGAGGGGUGCAGGUGGAACACCGGCCAAGAGAUCACGAGUUGAGAUCAGAGGGAAGAUGAAGUGGAGAGGGUCUCAGCAGGGAGCUGGGGGAGGUGGGGAGGGUGUGAGGAGAGGGAGAGGAGGGAACGUGAAGUGGAGAGGGUCUCAACAGGGAGGUAGGGAGGGUGUGCGGAGAGGGAGAGGACUAGGGAAGGUGGGGAUGGGGAAGUUUUCCAGCAAGAAGACUGGAGGAUGGACUACUGGCAGAGGCAAAGCUAGAGUUAGGAAAACCAGAACUCACUGAUGUUAUGUUGAUAAAAAAAAAUUUUG